CACACACACACACACACACACACACAUACACACACACACAACGCAACAGGGAAUCAAAGCAGCACCCACCCGAAACGGCUGGUGCUCGCCUCUCCGCGCUCUCCACCCACCACCCGACCUUCUACCCCAACUGCAAGUUCACGAGAACAAAAUACACGCGACGUACGCAGGCACGAUGCAGGCCCACACGCGCGUUCUGCUGGUGCUGGCAGCGCUCUGCGUUGCGCGCGGCUAUGCUGCCCAGUUCGCUGUUCAAUGGGCACCGUCCGUUGACGAUGCCACCUUUGACAUCCAAAUCUCCAUCGGCGACACUGUUGUCUGGCAAAACAUCGGUACGCGCCCGGAGUCUGUGACCGAGGUUCGUGGCACCGACUACGAGGGCAUCGACGGGUACCUGCCCCCAGGCGAUCGUUUCCGCUACACGUUCAACCGCCCGUCCUACGCACCUGGAGACGUUGUCGUCUUCGUCAGCCAGGCUGACCCCGAGUACAUGCGUGGUACUAUCACUAUUGUCGGCCCAAGCACGACGACCACGACGACCACUACCACCACAACUACCACCACCACAACGACGACCACCACUACCACCACCACAACGACGACCACGACGACCACCACAACUACCACAACUACCACGACGACCACCACAACUACCACGACGACCAGCAGCUCCACGUCUUCAUCCAGCGUCUACACCACUGUUGUGCAGAGCACGCCCUCGACCCGGGACGUUGGCAUCGUUGUUGGUCCUGCCAUCCCAUACGCGGAACGCCGCUUCUGCGAGGAGGGCUGGGAGCUGCGCGGUGACAAGUGCCUGCGGUAUGAAGCGAGGCGCCAGCCUUCGGCAUACCACGCGCAGGUCAUGUGCCAGCAGAACGACGCCUACCUGGCCACCAUCCAGAGCCUUGACGACUCCAUUUGGGUGCGUGAUAUUGUGCAGGAGAACGAGGACACCUCCUUCCCGUUUAUCGGCCUCUUCUACGAUCCCCUGACGGACGUGUUUGGCUGGUCCGAUGGCGAGGAAGUCUCGUAUGAAAACUGGCUUGACUCCACGAUCAUUGGCCCCGCCACUUGCGUCAUCGCCACUGAUGGCCUUCGCGGUGGCUCCUGGAAGACUGUCUCCUGCUUCGACCGCCGCCCAUACAUCUGCGAAAAGCCAGCAGCCACCCGCUUCCUGUACGAGCUUGAUAUCGGCGUCGUGAGCGUGCCGUCGUUUGGUCCGGAGGUUGUCGUGGACAUGAUGGCAGACCACCCAGAUGCGUGCCUGCGCGCAUGCGAUUCAAACGAGUCCUGCCUCCGCAUGGCCAUCGAAGUGAGCAGCAUGGACGACAGCAAGGUGCAGUGUUUCGGUGACUCCAACGACCAGAGCACUGGCAGCACGCUCGACCUCACCAGCGUCGGCACCGUGUAUACCAAGCUCCAGGAGAUUGACAUACCACCACCCAUCAUCACGUACUCUGUGUACGCGGAAGGAUCGAAUGGUUUUGCAACGGGCCUGCGACCUGUGAACAUGUUCGAGUCUGCAGACAUCCUCGACAUCUUCUAUGGCCUCUCUGUGGAGGACUGCCAAGCGGAAUGCACGCACGUCCAGAACUGCGUCGGCAUCUUGAGAAGUCGCAACCCAUCGUCCAACUACAAGUGCCGCCUGAUGGCGCGGUUUGGCGAGCUCGUCACAACGCAGCUCAUGGUCGACACCUACGAAAAGGUCAUCAGCGAGCCCAUGUAGGAGGAGAAGGGGGAGGAAGCACCCGAACAGCAACCGCGUGACAACGCGUCUUGUGCAUGAUUCACUUGACUUCCAGCCAUUUCUUGUUCCUGUCUCAUUGUUGUUUUGAACCAAAUAUGUACACCACAAUGGUCCAUGCGUGCACCCUUGAACUGAUUCCCUCAGUGUAUCGGCUUGUGAGGUCUGCAUUGUUUCGUGUAGUGUAGUGUUGCAUUGGGUUGCGUGUCGUGAGAUUGUGUGAAUGUGUGCACGUGUGUGACAGUUUGAUUCAAAUGAGUUGGUUCCGUGGCAGUGGCAGUGGCAGUGCGUGUUCGUUUGUUCCCAUCUACCCACGAUGAGUUUCCGGCCAUGUCUUGCGUGCACCUUCGUGUCUGUGUGUCGGGGUUUCCUACACACUCAUACGCGCGCGCGCGCUGUCUACAAGAACGCUGCACAGUUGGCAGUGGUCUGUUUUCAUCGGUUUUGCUUGGUGCACUGCCCACUGGCACAGGUCGUACCAUGUCUAUUGGUCGCCUCAUCUUUGUUGCAUGUGUUUGGAAAAGAAAGCCCGCCA